AUGGAGAAGAUUUCAGUGUCCACCUUCUUGUUGCUUAUGGCUCUUUCCUACACUCUGGCCAAAGAUACAGGUGUCAAACCUGGAGCUAAAAAGGAUGCAAAGGACUCUAAACCCAAAUUGCCCCAAACCCUCUCCAGAGGUUGGGGUGAUCAACUCAUCUGGACUCAGACUUAUGAAGAAGCUUUAUACAAAUCCAAGACAAGCAACAAACCCUUGAUGAUCAUUCAUCACUUGGACGAAUGCCCCCACAGUCAAGCUUUAAAGAAAGUUUUUGCUGAAAAUAAAGACAUUCAGAAGUUGGCAGACCAGUUUGUGCUCCUCAAUUUAGUUUAUGAAACCACAGACAAACACCUUUCUCCUGAUGGCCAGUAUGUCCCCAGAAUUAUGUUUGUUGACCCCUCCCUGACCGUCAGAGCAGACAUCACUGGAAGAUACUCCAACCGUCUCUAUGCCUAUGAACCUUCCGAUGCAUCUCUUUUGUUUGACAACAUGAAAAAAGCUCUAAAACUGCUGAAGACUGAAUUGUAG